AGAGAGAGAGAGAGAGAGAGAGAGACAGAGAGACAGAAAAAAGACGAGUGAAAAAUAUAAGGUUAAAGGGCACGCACUGUCAAUUCGUAAAUAUUGUCAUGACUCGAUCGAUUGAUACGCCUAUAUAAUCGUACCUCCAUUAUUAAAUGGCUGUAUGAAACUGAGAGGGAGAGAGAGAGAGAGCGAGAGAGAGAGAGAGAGAGAGAGAGAGAAGGAACAGAACACGUUAUUGAUACAAUUGAGUACGAUCUUUAUGCUUAUGAUUAUUAUUAUUGUAUUAAUUAAUUGAUUAUCAUUAUAAAUUACCAUUAACAGAACGAAAGUAGGAAAUAAACCUGACAGCAUCAAGGAAGGAAGAAAAUGAGGAAGAAAUAAAAUAUAAAAAAAAAAAAAAAAAAUGAAAAUUACAAAUAAAAAAUGAAAAAAGAAAAAAAAAAAAGAAAGGCAACCACUUAUAUUAUUAUUGUACAUACUUACUUGUAACUGCUAUUCGUAUUGCAGAGGUUUUUGUUCUCUUAACGAAUGAUUUCCUCGAUUCUCUGCGGAAAGGAAAGGAGAAACAAACAAACAAACAAACAAACAAACAAACAAACAAAAAAAAAACAAAAAGAAAACGUAAAUAAAAUAAAAUUUGUGUAUCAUUAAGCGACACCAUAACCACCCUUGUCACUACUUUUUUUUUUUUCACGCGUAGGAGAAGAAGAGCGGGAUUAGGAUAUUCGAGCGGUGAGAUGGAGAGAGAGAGAGAGAGAGAGAAAAAGAGUGAGCCACCAAAAAAGGAAGAUGGCCGACAACGGUAAUAAUAAUCACUCUAUGUAUUUCCUAACCUCGCUGCUAUAAAGCUGUUAUUCUAAAUCCUUCGGCGGUAUAUAUCAAAGUCCAGCAUACUUUACUAGAGACCGGCAGAGUUGCUAGAGGUACUUUAAAUUUACGUAAUAUUUGACGUAAGAAAAGGUAUUUUAAAAGGUUGCAUAAAUCGGGGUCAUAACUCUUGUCCUUGAAUGCACUUUUUCUUCGAUAAGACGACGUAGCGCCAUCUCGCGGCAAAUGAUUCGAACUAAAGUAUUGAUCUCUCUCUCUCUCUCUCUCUCUCUCUUUCGAUGUAACAAAAGUUAUGUCUGUAUAUAUGUAAGUAUUUCGCGAGUUAUACUUCAGUAGGUAGUAGUAAGCUGUAUAUAUCUGUCUGUAAAUCAUGCACUUUUAAAUUGAAAGCUUUCACUAGAUAGAAGGAAAGAAGAGAGAAAGGGAAAAAGUUUUGAGAUUUGCGUUUACAGUUAAAUGAUAUACCGAAAGGACGAAGUUGGAUGUACAUAAAUCCCAAUGAUCGUAUUUUCGUUGUUUCGAGAUCUAUUUAUUCUUUUUUUUUUUUUUUUCGGUCUUAAUCUAAAAAGAAAAAAACAUUAGACCAUUCGCUUUUUCUUUUAAUUAUGUUUCAUUUGAUACGAAAGAAUGCGAUAUUAUCAGUGGAAAGAAAAGAGAAAGAUAAAUAAAAUGUAUGUACAACUUGUUGACGCACGUUCAAAGAAAGGAAGUGUCGUACGUUCGAUUAAAACAAGAGACUGAAGGUCAUCUGAUAUCGAAAUACAAUGACAAGGUAAAAUAGUAUAUGUGAUUAAUACGAUAAGAUGAUAAUUUAUUUGAUGAGUUAUAUUUUCAGGUUAAUUUGAAUGUCGUUUGAUUUAGCUUUGAAAAAAAUUUAUCGUUUGACUUCGGUGGUAACGCGAUAUCAAGUAUGGCCGAAACGUCAGUCGGUGCGGAGUUUGCUCCGAUUUUACGAUGCUUGUUAUUACAGUUUUAUAACGCGAAUUCUUUGGUACAAGGUGUUACAAAAUCAAACAAUUUCAAGACGAAGGAUCAAGAAGUACGUUAACACGAUUGUCAGCACAUGCUUUUUGACAGAGAAAGAAAAAAUGUCACCUAAACGUAUUAUUCUUAUGUCUUGCGGAAGCUAUAACCCUCCAACCAAUAUGCACUUACGAAUGUUUGAAAUAGCAAGAGAUCAUUUACAUCGAAUGGGUCAUCAUGUAGUUGUUGGUGGAGUUAUAUCUCCAGUUCAUGAUGCAUACGCAAAGAAAGAACUUGCACCAGCGACCCAUAGAUGUUCUAUGCUACGUUUAGCAUUGCAGGACAGUGAUUGGAUUCGACUUUGUACUUGGGAAACAAGACAAAGCGCUUGGACUAGGACUAGAGCAUCUCUUCAAUAUCAUCAAAAUUUAUUAAAUCUAUUUUUGUUUGAUACAAACGAUGUUAGAAAUAAUGUAUCGAAAGAGGACUUAGAAUGGAUACCAGAGAAUAUUAGAAAUAGUGAGGAUCAAACGCCAAUUCAAAUCAAAUUAUUGUGCGGAGCAGAUCUUCUUGAAAGUUUUGGAAAAUCUGAUUUGUGGAUGGAGGAAGACAUAGAUACAAUAGUUGGUCAACAUGGACUCGUUGUCGUUACAAGAGAGGGCUCUAAUCCUAACAAAUUCAUAUACGAUUCGGAUAUUCUUUCAAGACAUAUGCAUAAUAUUCAUAUCGUGACGGAAUGGAUCCCAAACGAAGUCAGUUCAAGUAGAAUAAGAAGAGCAUUCAAAAGAGGCGAAAGCGUAAGGUAUCUCCUUCAGGAUUCUGUCAUUGAUUAUGUCCACAAAAAUGGAAUCUAUAACACAAAUUCUACUACUACGACAAUGUACAGCAAAACCUGCAUGCCUACUGUAAGACAGAUGAUAGUUGACUGUCUUGCUGCUCAUCCCUUGCCAAUCCGAUGUGGCCCCUGCCUUACUGCUAAAAGUACUAAUAAUGCUACUAACAAUCGCAGUAGUAAUGGCGCCAAUUGCGUUAGUAGCACGGCUAACAGCAACAUCAGCAACAGCUACAACAUCUUCAACAACAUCAACAAGAACAACAACAACAACAACAAUAACUACAACAACAACAAGAACGUACACCUAUGAGAGCGAGAGUGAGAGAGAAAGAGAGGGAGAGAGAGAGAGGGAGAGAAAGAGUGGGAGAGAAAGAAAGAGAGAGAGAGUGCUUAGAAUUCGCGAGAUUAUUAUAAUAUCGUGGUAUUACAGAGGAUUGCAACGAGAUCACAAAAAAUAGGUUAGUGCAGGAAUUUAUAUAUGUGUUUUCUUUCCCUUUCUUUUCUUUUUUUCUUCCUUUUCCUCAUUCAGUUUUCCUUUUAAUUAUUAUUAUCCCGUAGAGUGUUCGCGAUGAUAUUUGAUUUUUGAUUAAAAGAAAAGAAAAGAGAGAAAAAAAAGCAGGAAUUAGUAUCUUCUCCCUCAUUAAACAAUAUUGCAUUUUUAUAAUAUUCUUUUAAAGACAUUUCUCUUAAGUGCGGAUAUAUAUAUAUAUAUAUAUUUAUAUAUAUAUAUAUGCAUGUAAAUUAUAUUCGAUUAAGAAUCGAGAUAGAUGAUAAACAAGACGGAAAGGAACGGGAAAUUUGAUAAUAUCUCUCUUGGAAAGAAACUGAAUAAUUAAUAAUAUUUAUUUUAGAAAUAUCUAUGUGUAUACAGAAGAAUUACAUACAUAUAUGUGUGUAUAUAUUUUACAAAAAUACAUGUAUAAGCGAGAAUCGUUUAGUAUGAAAAUAUUAAGUACGUGUUUAUUAUUACUUUCAGAAUGACAUAGAAAUUUUUUAUGGAAUGUUAGUUUCUUAACAAAAGUCGAUUAAUUCGUUCGACUUUAUCGAUUGAUUCGUUACAUACAUACGCUACACAUGUAUGUAUACGAAUUUUUGAUUGAUACAUAUGUAUAUGGUUAGAGACUGAUUUAUAAUCGUCCAUGUGCUGGGAUCGACCAUUUUUGUUUUUUUUUUUUUUUGUUUUUUAGUUAUCUGUUGGUUUUUUUGAUAUAUACGUAUACAGGAUGUUCCUUUUAAAUCCGAACAUCUACAUAUUUUGAUUGGUUUGAGCGUAAUAAAUAAUAAAUCAUAUAAAACAAAGUUGUACCAUUCGAAGAAUAUAAUGUAAUGGUAUAAACAUUCUCUUUUUUUUUUUUUUUUAUGUUUUAAUUUACAAGAUCAUUUAUGCGAGAGAUAUCGGUAUUUAUUCAUUUUAUUAUGAUAAUAUAACAGCUAAAUAAUAAAAAAUAAUACGUAUUCGUGAGGUACGAGUUGUUGGACUUUGAAAUGACUGGGACAAAAAAAAAGAAAUAAUUAUAUUUAAUAAAAAACAAAUGUAUAAAUUAUAAAAGUAAAAAAGUUUAAAUUCUAUUGACGUAACUUAUUUACCUUUUAUUAUUAUUAAUAUUUACCCUUUUUAAGAUAUUAUCUUUUAAACGGGCUAUGUUCUGUAAAUAUAUUUUUUUCGCGCUCAAUCAAGAAGAAAUAUUUGGAUAUUCGGAUUGGAGAGGAAGCAUUUAAAUUUUGAAAAGUAACCACAUACGUAGCAUAUGAUUAUGUUAAAGUUAUAGAUCUUUUUUUUUUGGUCUUUGAUAAAAUUCUCCAUCUAUUUUUACUAUAAAGCAGUGAAAUUUUUUCUAUAGAUUCUCUUUUUUUUCCUUUCUUUUUUUUUCUUUUUUCUUUUUUUUUUUUUAAGGCAGCUAAUAUAUAAACAGUCCUGAUGAAAGGCGCUUAAUGUUUAUAAUAAUUUUUAUCGUCGUGCUUAUCCUUUCCUCUUUAUCUCCCUUUUAUUUCAACGAAAUAGCCUUACGAAUUAAUUAAUUAAUUAAUUAUUUGAUAAAUUAAUUAAUUAAUUAAUCAAUUAAUUAUAACUAUUACCAGAGAAGAAAAUAAUAAUUAUAAUAGAAAGUCGAGCACGAAAUUAUAUGUAGAUAUAAGUUUAUAUUUAAAAAAAAUACAGAAGAAAAACAAAUACCAACUAUCUUGGUGAAAUAGCCUUACGAAUUAAUUAAUUAAUUAAUUAAUCAAUUAAUUAAUUAACUGUACCUCCAACAAGAGGAGGAGAUUAAUAAUAUAUAUAAUGGAGAGUUGGCGAUCGAAUCUACGAGAACGAAACUAUAAGUACACAGAAAUUAAUAUUAAAAGAGAAAAAAAAAAAGUACAGCAGAAAAUUAAAAUAUCAAUUACCAUCGACAACAACAAUAACUGCAAAAACAACAACAGCAACAACAUCAACAGCUAUUACUAUUAUUACUACAACAACAACAACAACAACAAGAACAAGAACAAGAGCAACAACUUCAACAACGUAAUCUAUUACUCGCACGUUGUAUAUGUUUGUAAUAUCGUAUUUAAAAUGUUAUGCUAAAAAUUGUGAAUCAUAUUAUUGAAACAUGUAUGACUAAAGAGGAUAAAGGAAAUAAAUCAUGAAAGAAGGAUGAUGUUUCGACUUGAAUUAAGAAAAGUGAAAGGAGUAUAUAAAUAUAUAUAGUUCAAGGAUGACAUGAUUUUGCAAAUGAGACAACUCAUUUUCAUAUCUUGCUGAUAUAAUUUAAUUUUUAUAUAUAUUUUAAUAAUGAUUUUAAUAUCAUUGGUAAUUAUUAAUCAAAUUAAUAAACAAAACUCUUUGUUUGUUUUCAAUUAAGAAAUUAUUAUUAUUAUUUCUUUCUUUUUUUUUUCUUUUUUUUUUUUUUUUUUCUUUAAAUAAUUUUUUAUAUCUUUUCAUAAAGACUAAAAUUAUAAUAGAUGAUCCGAUUAUCUUUGAAUCUUCAUGAAAUAUUUCAAUAUCUUUUUGAAUUUUUCUGUUUCAUAUCAUAACUCGUAUACGUUUGUACGUGCAAUAUAUCCAUUCGAAUAUCAAAAAUAGAAUUACUUGAAACGAAGUAAUUUUAUUCGGAAAUAAUCGUUAGUUCGUUUUCAUUUUUGAUUUCAAGAUGAUAGCAUAUAAAAAGUUACAAAAAACUUUUUUUUCUUAAUUACUCUGUACAAAAGAUAUUUAAUUAUGAUUAAUUAAAUUCACGUAGGAAUAUUUAUUAAGUUCUAAUAAUGUGAUCGAUUGUGCCUAACAAAGAAAUAACAUUUUCUGUUUCGUAUAGAAGUAUUGAUUUUUAUUACUUUUUACAAACAUAAGCAAACACACAUACACAUACACACACAUAUACGGACACACGUAAUAUAUAUAUAUAAUAUUUACGAUUACAUCGUUGUUAUAGAAUUAUAAUGUUCCGAAAUGUAAAUGAAAUUUAACUUAAGUCAAAUUAUCCUUCGUUAUCGUUGAAAUAAUAUCUAUUUAAUAAAAUAUAAUCGAUAAAAACAUCUUCACUCAAUUAAGUUAAAAAAGAUGAAUCAAAGAAAUUACUUUAUUGUUAUUUCUUUAUUAUUAUUAUUUUCAUCUUUUUUUUUCUUUCUUCCUCUAAAAGUUAAAACGAGGCGCAUUACAUUGAUAUUCUAAAAUGGUAUUAUAAAUAAAAUUCAAAAUAAAAAUUUAUCGAACUAUAUUAUACAUAUCAUAUUUAUCCUCGCACAAAUAACUUUAUCAUAAUUUUUCUACAUUGAGAUAUUAAAAAAUAAUAAUCAAAAUAUUUUCAAUUUCCUUUUGUUUUUGAAAUAUUUUAUAUUUUUCGUAAUUAAAAAGAAAUAUUUUAAUUUAUUUACCACAAUAAUAAUAGGAAGCAAUGCUUAUUUUUUGAUCGCAUCUUUUGAAUAGACAAAUGAUUUGAGAGAAAAUUUCUUUUUAUAACUUUUUAUAAUAUUAAUAUAUCGAAAGAUUAAGUGUUAUUAUUGAUUGAACUAUAGUCGCUCAUCACGAAAAAAAAAAAAGAAGAAAAAAAGAAAAAACAGUAUUUACAUACUAUUAAAGUCAUCC